AUGUUCGCCAACUGGAGCCCUAAAGAAUGCGCCAGAUGGCAAGGACGAUUAAACAACUGGUUCAACCAGCGAGUCUACGACAACGUCGACGCCCGAACACGACGCGAGUUUCAAGCUCUCAUGGACUCAUUCCCCUUGGACAGCCUGACCUUCGAUCACAACUGCCUAGAUGCCACCUUUGGGAUCCGUCAUAACCCAUCUGGCGGUGGGAUCUGGGAGUUACGCGACAGUGAGCUGGUGCCAGUGAGCCAGUGUGUCUUGGCCUUCGAACAAGAAGAUACCGACCCAGCUUCCAGCUCUCUAUGGACGAAAACACUCAUCCGCACACGUUUAUCCGCUAUACUCCAAUUUCUCACCGACAUCAACGACGGGACCGUAUCGUCCAUCGCCGACAUCAACGCCGGAUACUGGAAGUUCGAGAAAAGCCAGGUCCGCCGGUGGACGAAGUACAAGGGCUCCAGGGUCUUUCUGAACUGCUCCGCCAAUUACAUGCUCUGGCACGGCGGUCCGCAGGAACUAGAUGUUAGUCUUGUUGUUGUGGAGGCGGCGAGGGAGGGGAAUGCGCUGUCUGCGAUGCGGAUGGCUUUGCCUUCGAUGGGAAUGAUCCACCGGGCCAGAAAGGACGCUGACAGACUGAACUGUUCUGUGUUUGGGAUAGGUACGGACGGCUAUCAAUGGGUGUUUGCUGCGAUUGAUAACAACUCUGAGUACUCUUGGAUUAGCAUAGAAUGGGACACGCUCGAGAACCAGACUCAAAUAGUCAGCCACCUGAGCAGGAUCAUGCGACGGACAGCCUUUCUGGCAGCUGGCAGUAUCAAUAUCCCAGGACCCAGCGUUAACAGGGUCGACGACAUCGACUACCAGAUCUGGAUCGGCACAGUCGUCACCGUCGUGGCUGCGACUGUCGCCGUGACGCUGCGUUUCGUGUCGCGCCAUCUUGCAAGGUCUGGCUACUGGUGGGAUGACUGGGUGAUUGUAGCCUCACUGAUCGUCAAUUGGGGCAUGGCAGCCACGCGCUGGGCGCAAGUCCUCCUAUUUGGCUUUGGAAGACACAACGAAGACAAUGCGGUCGAGAGCAUAGUCGGAUAUCAAAAGAGCUUCAUGGCCAUCCAAAUCGUCUACUUCACCAACGCAGUCCUCACAAAAUCCUCCCUCCUCCUCUUCUACCAGCGCAUCUUCGGCAUCGUCAAAUCCUUCCGCUACACCCUCUGGAUCUCCUGGUUCCUCAUAACCGGCUACUUCGUCGCCUGCGUCAUCGCCUCAAUCGCAGGCUGCAAUCCCCCCUCCUAUAUCUGGGACCGCUUCCGCGACCCAAAUACCCCCGGCGGCUGCUUCGACGAAGUCGCCUUCUUUCGCUGGAACGGCCUGGCGAACCUCCUCCUCGACGUCCUAAUGCUCGUCCUGCCCCUGCCGAUGGUAUGGCGCAUGCGCACGAGUCGCCGGCAGAAAGUCCUCUUGACGGGCAUUUUCCUCAUGGGGAGUUUCGUCUGCGUCGUCUCCCUCCUACGCAUCAUCUCCUUCGAUGUCUCCGACCGCCGCGACCCAACAUACACGCAGGUCCCCUCGUCAACGUGGUCGUCCGUCGAGCAAGGGAUUGGCAUUGUGUGCGCGUGUCUGCCGACCCUGCGUCCGCUGCGCCGUCUGUGCGCGUGCGGCGGUCGGUUCCGGCGCGACUCGUGGAAGCGCAGCGCGAGUAGCACCAGUGCGUCGAACUCGAACUCGAACUCGAAUCGAUCGUCGGGGUUUGAGCGGAGGGGGGUGGUGCAGAUGGGGGCGGGUGGUGGUGGUGAUGGUCAUUGCGGCGAGGGGGAGGGGAGAAGGUGGGCGGACUACGCGGGGCCGGGGCUGAGGCCUGGUCCUGGGUCUAAUCCUGGCACUGAUCCUGGGUCUGGGUUUGAGCACGGUCGUGGUCUUGAUCCUGAUCGAGAUCCUGUCGGGGCUUAUGCGCACCCGGGCCUUUGGGGAGAGAUUGAGACUGGGAGCGGGGUUGAUGAGAGGGGGAUUACUGCGAGGGGCGAAGUUUAGAUGCAA